AGCUCGGCCUUUGGGGUGGGGCCGAUCCAGAGCGAAGGUAACAAAGGGCGGCCGGCGGCGGGCAGCUGUUUGCGCGUCUUUUACUGCUCUCCUCUGCUGGGGCGUUCUUGCCUCCCUCCCGCCCUGCUCCAGAUGAAGUGUGAGCACUGCACGCGGAAGGAAUGUAGUAAAAAGACAAAAACCGAUGAGGAGGAGAAUGUGUCAGCUGAGGCACGAAGUCUGGCCCAGGAGUCUUGUGAGAAGGGAGAAUUCCAUAAAUUAGCUGAUGCCAAGAUACUAUUGAGUGACUGCCUAGCAUGUGACAGCUGCGUAACUGCCGAGGAAGGAGCCCAGCUUUCUCAGCAAAAUGCCAAAGACCUCUUCCGGGUCCUGAACCUUAAUAAGAAAUGUGAUACCUCAAAGCACAAAGUGCUGGUCGUGUCUGUAUGUCCCCAGUCUUUGCCUUAUUUUGCUGCUAAGUUGAACCUCAGUGUCACUGAUGCAUCCAGACGACUGUGUGGCUUCCUAAAGAGCCUUGGGGUGCACUAUGUGUUUGAUAUGGCGAUAGCUGCGGAUUUCAGCAUCCUGGAGAGUCAGAGAGAAUUCGUGCGUCGAUACCAUCAGCACAGCGACGAGCAGCGCGCAUUGCCUAUGCUGACCUCCGCCUGCCCUGGCUGGGUCCGAUAUGCUGAACGGGUGCUGGGCCGCCCUGUCACCCCCCAUCUGUGUACCGCCAAGUCCCCACAACAAGUCAUGGGCUCCUUAGUGAAGGAUUACUUCGCCAAACAGCAGAACCUUCCUCCAGAGAAGAUUUUCCAUGUCGUCGUGGCCCCUUGCUACGAUAGGAAGCUGGAGGCUCUUCAGGAGGGAUUCUCCACUGCUGCGCCUGGUGCCCGAGGUACUGACUGCGUGUUGACAUCAGGUGAGGUCGCUCAGAUAAUGGACCAGAGUGGACUCUCAGUGAAGGACGCUGCUGUGGACACUCUGUUCGGAGAUGAGGAGGUCGCAAUGAGGCGCCAUGAUGGAGCUGGCUCUGAUGGGCACCUGGCACAUGUCUUCCGACAUGCGGCCAAGGAGCUGUUCAACGAGCGCGUGGAGGAGAUCACCUACUGCCCCCUGAGAAACAAAGAUUUCCAGGAGGUCACCCUCGAAAAGAAUGGAGAGGUUCUCUUGCGUUUUGCUGCGGCAUACGGGUUUCGGAACGUCCAGAACCUGGUCCUGAAGCUCAGAAAGGGCAAGUUCCCGUACCAUUUUGUAGAGGUCCUUGCGUGUCCUGGAGGAUGUUUAAACGGCAGAGGCCAAGCACAGACCAAGGAUGGACACAUGGACAAGUCCCUGCUGCGCCAGAUGGAGGGCAUCUAUGCAGACAUCCCUGUGCAGCCGCCCGAGUCCAGCACACACGUGCAAGAGCUGUACCAGGAGUGGCUGGAGGGCACUGACUCACUCCGAGCCCAUGAGACCCUGCACACCACCUUCCAGAGCCCCGAGUUCUGCAGUGCUGGCCUGGACAUGAAGUGGUGAAGGGAGCAGGCUGCAUGGAGGACAGCUUGCUGAUGAGGUGCGGCCCUCCAUGGAGACCCCUGCUGGCUGCUCCGGAUUGCCAGUUCCCUGCUCCCGACAGCUGGGGUGUGUGGUGCUAUCUUCAUCACGAAUGUGUGGAGUAGAGUUUCUCACGGGAGAACCUCCCAGGCUAAGUGUCCCUACAUCGUAAGAUUGUGAGAAAAAUCCCAAAGAGCAGCAGCAGAGACAGACUACCCUCUGCUAGAUUUUAAAACCUCAGAGCAUCCCCAGAGGGGCUGGGGCGUUGGGGUGGCUGGGCUGACUCUUCAGCUCCGCGCUGGAGAAAUGCGGCAGCAGGGCUGUGCCACGGUGCCGGAGACACUGCUGGCCUCUGGGCUGGGUCUUUUGGGGUAAGCGCUUACUCCCACUCCAGCCUAGGCGGCUCUCAUUUUCACUCCUACAGUUUGAAAAUCAUUGUAAGUUGGUGACAGUGAGCCUCGGGAACCCACAGUCACUCCCCACCACCCUACCACACCCAGCCAGGGCAGCCUCCUGUGGGCGCUGGGGUUUUGGGCCUCAGGCCGACCCUGGGCACCCAGGCUUUGAGUUGCACUCACCUGAGCUCAUGGCAUGGACAAGGCCUGACGAGAGCCACUGAUGUCACAAGCAGACUAGAGAACUGAGGGGUGCCCAUUGGAGCCACAUGGCCAAGAGGACCCCAGCUCCUUAGCCUUGCCGUAGCUUGGGAGAAGGAAAGCAGGGCCCUACGUGACUGGAGGACGGCUUCUCCACACGACCUUUCCCUAGACAGGGUUUCUCUCCUCAGCAGGUCUGCUGGGUCUGGCACCGCCCUUGUGUCCUGAUGGCACCCCUCAGCCCACUACCCUGCUGGUGUGAGCUCACCCUGCAAGGAAGCAGUGUAUCUGCCAGCAAAAUUGGCUGCCUAGGACACAAGGCACAGGGCCCUGUGCUGCCUUGGGCUCAGGCGAAUCUGGGCUACAAGUGCCUGAGGACGGGGGCACUAGGGUCUGUCACUACGUGGUGGCCUUCAUCUCUGUCGUGUACCUGUUUGGAUGGUAACUGGACGUGUGUUCCACUGCUUUUUUUGUUUUUGUUUCUUGCUCUCAAUCUAUAUAUAGUUGGGUGUUAAUCCCCAAAGCAACUGAUAUGAAAUAAACAGCUGAAGAGAGUGGA